AUGGAUUAUACGGUAUCUCUAACAAACCGUGGAUAUUGGUUUAGUUUUGAACAGGAUGAAGCACUUGGUCAAUUUGAAACUGCAAAUAGGUCUCCAAGAGUGUGCCGAUCGGCUUAUCGGAAACUGGCACCUACGCGGCAUAAGGGGGGGGGGGAGAAGAAAAGGCUAAGCAUUGCACUCGAAAUCCUCACCAGGCCUCAUCUCUUGUUUCUUGAUGAACCUACAAGUGGCCUAGACAGUGCCUCGGCGUUUUUUGUGAUACAAACUCUUAGGAACGUUGGCCGUGAUGGCAGGACUAUCAUCACCGCAAUCCAUCAGCCGAGAAGCGAGGUUUUCUCGCUUUUUGAUGAUCUGUUUCUACUCUCUGGUGGAGAACAAGUUUACUUUGGGGAGGCAAAAAUGGCUGCAAAGUUCUUUGCUGAAGUAGGAUUCCCAUGUCCGAGUCGGAGAAAUCCUUCGGAUCACUUCCUUCGUUGCAUAAAUUCAGAUUUUGACAUUGUAGAAGAGACUCUGAAGGAAUCUCACAGAAUGACCGAACUUCAAAACACAUUAGAUCCUUUGACAAGCCUAACAACAGCACGGAUAAAAGCAUUGCUCGUUAAGAAAUACAGAAGCUCAGAUUAUGCGGCAAAGGCGAAAGCGAGAAUCCGAGAAAUUUCGACCAUUGUAAGCAUUUCGAACAUAGUCAUGGACCAUUGUAAGCCUACGGUUCCUUAG